AUGGAACCCGCCGCUUGCUCGACUCGCGACCGCGCGGCGCACGUGUCAGACGUCCCCCUCUCUGUGCGGGGGCUACCGACCUCUUCCAAUGGAGACGGACCCAUUGGCUCAAGUUUGACGCCCCACCGGUCGCAACGAGAAGAAGACGAACGUGGACAGCAGCCGGCGGGACAAAUUGUUCGGACCCGUCACUCGACUGCAGUAUUGGCACUAACGGCGAAGCCCAUUGCUACUGUGCCGCGCCAAUGUGGUGAUCAGUUGGUCCAGCGUCGAUUGGCCGCUGCAGCUGCCCCGCCGUGUGACGAAUUCCGUCUCAUCGUGGAGGAUGCAGACGACCAGCGCGUUUUGGACGCACUGCCACCUCGUCGAGGGUCGAUUCCGAUCAUGGAGAACGAGAUGGACGACUCAGGACGAAGCAGUUGGUAUCAGAUGCCUCGACUUGUACGUGCUGCUUCGGGACGUAUGUCCAGGACCCCGACUCGAUCUCGUCCUCGAGAUCAUAGACGGUCGUUACCGCUGACGAGGAUAACUUUGAGCGAUCCAGAUACAGCAGCGAGAGGUGUGGGCGAUGGUACUGAAGAAAUACCUCUUGCCGGUGCAGCCUCGAGCCACCUUCCAUCGAUCUGUGUGGAGGAGGCCGUGGAAGGCGAGACGUUGGGCGUGCACAGGAGACAGCAGAGCAAUAGCCUAGGACACCCGGUGCCCACUUUGUUGCGGUCCAUGGCUAGCUACUUGGGGCUUUCGAUGGAGGAGACCUAUUUGUGUCAGAUUUGCUAUGAGUAUGCGCCGAUGAACACGUCGUUCGCUCUCUCGGUGUGCGGACACACAUUCUGUGAGACGUGCUUGAAACAGUACUUGGAGUUUAAGGUCAAUGAAGGACAGGUGUACCCUCGAUGCUUUUACGAGGACCCGGACGAUAAAACCGCGUGCAAGGCGGAGGUCUUGACGAACGAUAUACAAGCAUUGGUUUCAGGCAAAGUGUGGCAGAAGUACGAAAAGUUCAAGUUUAACAAGGAUCAUGAACUUGCCCGCCAGUGCCCCUACUGCGAUCAUUCGCAACUGUGUGCCGGCAGUGAUCAGCCAGAGUGCAUCUGUGAGGUUUGCAGUCGUGAGUUCUGCUUCGUGCACAGUAGUGCCCACCAAGGCCGCAGUUGUGCUGAGUAUGACAAGAAGAUGCUUGCUGUCGAAAAGUUGAACAACGCGCUGAUCAGCGAGAUCUCCAAACAGUGUCCGGGCUGCCAGAACAACGUGGAGAAGACAGGUGGCUGCAACCAGAUGAAAUGUGUGAUAUGCGACGCUAGCUUCUGUUGGAUCUGCCUCGAGAUCAUCGAUGACAGCGUUUUUCCUGAGCACUUUCAGUGGUGGAAUGUCCGUGGCUGCGCAGGCAACCAAAUGGUGGACACCGAGGGACGAGGAUCUACUCGACAGGGUGUCGGGGUGGUGACGCGCAUGCUCUUCUUUGUGCUGUUUGGACCUCCCGCCUUUGUGAUGGCUGUGGUGUUCUGUGUUGUCUGCUGCUGCUUCUUCCCGUGCACUGUCAGCGCUCGCCUUACCUUUCGGCAAGCGUUCACAACGUGUUUUUGUGUAUCCGGUUACGUUCUGCUCGCUCCAAUCGUACUCGCGUUAGGGCUGGUAGCUCUGGGCGUCUUCAUCGGUGGUAUCGCAUCUGGAGCUGCAGUGUUGGUGUGCGUGUCUCCCGUCAUUGGUCUGGUGCUGCUCUCUCGUCGCGAUACGUUCCAUUCGACGUCCACUCGACGGUCAAGCUACCGUCGCUCUAGUCAUGCUGAAAGUGGCCGAGCAAGCGAUAAUGACAACACACACGGUCAUUCGCCAACCGAUCUAACGACUUUUCGCUUGUCAACGUCGGACAGUGGGUAG